GGCUGGGCUGGGCUGCGCUGUGUGUGCUGCUGCUUCUAGUCCCAGGACCAAGUCUAAAGAGCAACUUUCCUCCCUCAGCUGCUUAAACUUUUUUUUAUCCUGUGGCUGGAAAGAAGUGUCACAUUUUGUUCACUCCCAACCCUUCUUUCCCACCCCCUCCCAGAGACCCUGAGCAUAUGGAGGGGGUGCUGUGAGCCACCUCCAGCCUCCGGUGACUGGCUGCUGGAACUAACUAACUUUCAGCUCCUUACACUGUAACACUAUGAAGUUCCUCGGGAAGCCCAGGAGCCAGACAGCUGUUUCUCUGCCUCUUUGCUUGCUCAUUUUGAACAUUCUGCAACCAGGGCACAGCCACCUUUACAGCAACCGCUACGCUGGUGAUAAGGUAAUAAGACUUAUCCCCAGUACAGAAGAGGAAGUAUAUGCACUGAAGAAAAUAUCCCGCCAGCUUAAGGUGGACCUGUGGCAGCCCAGCAGCAUCUCCUAUGUCUCAGAGGGGACAGUUACUGAUGUCCAUAUUCCCCAAAAUGGUUCCCGAGCUCUGUUAGACUUCUUACAGGAAGCCAACAUCCCAUACAAGAUCCUCAUAGAAGAUCUUCAGAAAGCACUGGAAAAGGGAAGCAGUUUGCAAGCCCAGAGAAAUCGAAGAUCCCUCUCUGAAUAUAAUUAUGAAGUUUAUCAUUCCUUAGAAGAAAUUCAAAAUUGGAUGCAUAAUCUGAAUAAUACUCAUUCAGGCCUCAUUCACAUGUUCCCUAUUGGAAAAUCAUAUGAGGGAAGAUCUCUUUUCAUUUUAAAGCUGGGCAGGAGAUCACGAGCUUACAAAAGAGCUGUCUGGAUGGACUGUGGUAUUCAUGCAAGAGAAUGGAUUGGUCCUGCCUUUUGUCAGUGGUUUGUAAAAGAAGCUCUUCUAACCUACAGGAGUGAUCCAAUCAUGAGAAAAAUGAUGAAUCAUCUGUAUUUCUAUAUCAUGCCUGUGUUUAAUGUUGAUGGAUACCAUUUCAGCUGGACCAAUGAUCGAUUUUGGAGAAAAACAAGGUCAAGGAACUCAAGGUUUCGGUGCCGCGGAGUCGAUGCCAACCGGAACUGGAGAGUGAAGUGGUGCGCUGAAGGAGCUUCUAUGCACCCUUGUGAUGAUACAUACUGUGGACCUUUCCCAGAAUCUGAACCGGAAGUGAAAGCUGUAGCUAACUUCCUUCGAAAACACAAGAAGCACAUUAGAGCUUACCUCUCCUUUCAUGCAUAUGCUCAGAUGUUGCUGUAUCCCUAUUCUUACAAGUAUGCAACAAUCCCCAAUUUUAGCUGUGUGGAAUCUGCAGCUUAUAAAGCUGUGAAUGCACUUCGAUCAGUAUAUGGGGUACGGUACAGAUAUGGACCCGCCUCCAGCACAUUGUAUGUGAGUUCUGGUAGCUCAAUGGAUUGGGCCUACAAAAAUGGAAUACCCUACACAUUUGCUUUUGAACUACGUGACACGGGACAUUUUGGAUUUUUACUCCCAGAGGCUCUCAUCAAACCCACCUGUACAGAGACCAUGCUCGCUGUGAAGAAUAUCACAGUGCACCUACUCAAGAAGUGUCCCUGAUAGGACCUGAAGGUCAGGUCAACCGCCAGACGAAAAGCUGAUUUUGCACAAGAGCUACUUGACAAUAGAUGAAAAUUGUUUUUAAAGAGAGGGGCAACUGCUUGGAGUAAAUAUAUCUCUAGACUUUUAAAGGAAUUUCCCAUGCAAUUCAACUCUCUGUGGCAAUUUUAAAAAUGAUAAAAAAUAAAUAAGAGCAUAGCCUAGUUUUUUGUAAGCAAAAGCAUUUAUUUUAUAUCCCAUUAGAGUCUCAUUGGAUUAAGGUGGGGGAUAUUUUCCAAUUAUUUUUGUCUCAUGAAAUGUACAAAUUGAGAAUGUCAUUUCAAUAAAUCACCUAUUCUCAAUUCAGAUCUACCAAUGAUGUUCAAUCACUUGGUUCUUUUGAAAUGGCAACUUUUGAAAUGGCAACAACUAUAUUCCUUAAUAUAAUAAAUAAAAAAUUUUCAAGACCUUGGAGUAUUCACAGCUUUAUCCCAUGGUAUUAGUGUACCAUAUACCUAUAAAAAUAUAA